UUGGUGUGUCUGUCUGUGUCUGGUGGUGCUGUUUUCGCUCUCUAACGCCCAGAACCUGGGAAGGGAGACUUGCGAUGCCCGGAGAUCUGAGGUGGAUGUAGAGGUCGCUUCAGCUGGAGCCCUGAUAGGUGGCAUAUUUAAGAUAAGGGACACCUUAACUGGUGGAUACACGUGUGGGACUCCACAUAAAGAACUGAUACAAGUGUACGAAGCAGCGAGAUUUGCAAUCCAGCGUAUUAAUGCACAAAAUAUUGUCCCGGGAAUCAGGCUUGGAAUGAAGGCCUAUGAUGAUUGCGGAAGUCCAUUUAUGGCCGUCCGAGCCGCACAGAAAUUUUAUCCGCAGUUCUCCAACACACAGCUGUCUUGUAGUGAUGGAUCCAAGCUUCAUCUAGGAAUCUUAGGUCCCCUAAACAGCAAUAUAGAAUCUGUAGCGAAAAUGACGUCAGAAAUACCAGCAUCCCAGAUUUCACCAAGAAUCAUUCAUCCGGAUCUGAGUGAUAAAUCCGAGUAUCCAUACUUCCUGAGAACUGGACGCAACUGGUUUUCAUUGGCCAGGGUGCUGACACAAGUCUUGAAGCAAAUGAACUGGACACGUGUCACAGUUGUCAACGUCAACACCGAUAUGGGAGAACUAGGAUAUAAAGAAUUUUCGCGAGAGGCUCUAAAGGAAGACAUCUGUAUAGCUGGCGUAAAGACCGUCUCUAUUGUCGCCACACAAGCCGACUACGAGAACGAACUCAGUGACCUUGGCAACGACGGGGUCAAUGUCGCCGUAUUUUUGGGACCAGGGGCUCAUGCCAUCAAAAUACUGAAGUCAAACAUCGGGAAACGCGUCCAGUGGGUUAUGGCAGAUAUGCUUAGAAUGGUCUCUCCGGAUCCACUGAGUACGCAUGCUCCCAACAGCAAAGGUGUAAUUUUUGCCCUACCAAAAGUUCGCCAAAUCACAGAAUUUGAAAAUUACUUUGUUACCUUGUCAGAGACGAGUCCUCCUGCAGACAACCCGUGGUUUCAAGACUGGUACAUGACACUAUACGACUGUAGGCUUUCUGGUAUUAACUAUGCCCCAUUUGCUACAAAACCUUUCUGCCCUGGAACUGUCACAAAGAGAUCCAUAUACAAACAGUUACCUUACGUGCAGUCUGCAAUAGAGGGAGUUUAUGCCUUCGCCAAAGCAUUAAGACAAGCCCAGAGGUCUCGCUGUGGGGACGGCUUUAAUGGUGUCUGUGACGGUCUGAGAGCGAUGUCGACUGCAGAUUUCCACAACGAUCUAAAGAGCAUAGACUUCACUUUCUCAAGCACUGAUGGCAUACCAAGUUUGGUAGGAAAGAGGGUCAAGUUUGAUGCAAAUGGUGACAUUAUGGAUCAAGAUUUCACGGUCUAUAACUACAACGAUAGAACUACAGCUCCUAAUUUUGCCUUUGAAGAGGUCGGAAGUUACGAAAAUAACGUUCUUACAUUGGACAAAACGAAAGUCCGAAUGUAUGAUGGUUCUGGUGUAUCAAGGGUUAUUACUUCCUCUUGUCCAGCCGAAGGAUGCAGUUACUGCGUUGUAGAACCCAACCCUUUUGAUUUCUACUACAACCCUGGAGAUAUCAAUAUAGGCGUGGCUCUGUCUGCACACCUUUCAGGAUCAGAAAGAUUUACGUGUGGAGAUGACAACCCUUAUGGUAUGGCACAAGCGCUUGCGAUACAAUAUGCUGUGGAGAAUCUAAGUAUCGACUUACCAGGGAUCCUCUCUGGGGUUAAGUUAGGAACAGUCAUGCUGGAUGCCUGCAAUAAUCCUGAUGCAGCUUCACUCUUCUUUAAUAAUUUACUCGGAAGUCGCAAAACGCUGAAAGAUAAGCAUGGACGUUAUGUUGAUCCUAAUUCUAUAAAGGCUCUCAUUGAGGGAUUCAAUAAUAACGGGGCAAUGUCAUUCUUAAAAAGUACUCAGAUGUAUGGACUGCCACAGAUUGGAACAGUUGCAUCUAGCUCAUUACUGGGGGAUAAAGUAAUGUAUCCACUCUUCAGUCGAACCGUUGAAAGUAACUAUAUCCAGUCUGUGGCUAUGGCAAAUUUCUUUGCAAAGAAGGGAUGGUAUUACUUUCAGACAGUUUAUAGCCCUUCUAUGCGUGAGGAUGUUGAAGUAUUAAAGAGAAUGACAGCUGACUUCCAAAUAUGCAUGGCUGCUGAAUACGAGAUGGGGAAAGACGGCACCGCAGCUCAGAUUUUGGAUAAGGUCAGAUCAAAUACAAAUGCAAGAGUCAUAGUUAUGUUUUUGGAGAAGGAAAGCAUCAGAGAGAUGCUUCUGACCAUUAGGGAUGCUUCAUGGAGUCAGCAGUUUGUCAUUGUUGGGGGUGAGACUUGGGGCAGCGAUAACUUGAAUGUACUGGGUUUGGAGAACGUUGCUAAUGGAGUAGUAUCGUUCCAGCCCCAAAUAGCCCAGACAUCAAACUUCCAGAACUGGAUAAAUCAAAAGCAGCCUAGAACAGCAAUGGACAUGCCUUGGUUCAAGGAACUGUACGAAAACGCAUUCCAGUGUUAUUUGGAUGCUUCCUCUAAAGGAAUGUUCACAAAUGAAUGUCCCAGGCAAAGCUCCGGAUUGUCCAACUCUGCCCUAUACGAAUUCUGGUAUCAGAUGACGACAUCAAUUAAUGCAAUUUACGUCACUGCCAAAGCUCUCGACGAAACUCUCAGGUAUUACUGUGGGCAGGGGUAUUCAGGGGUAUGUGUUGAGUAUCGUGCGGCAAAGGACUCCGAUGCAGUUCUACUCAAAAAUAUAAGAAACGCAUCAUUUAGUAUCAGUUCGUCAUAUCAGUUUGAUAUGCACAACGGAGAGCCCCUUUCAGGCAUUGAAAUAAUGAACUACAGACAAGGACAAAAAUAUAUUUCCGUAAGUACUAAUUAUUAUUACACCAUAGAUAUGCUUACCAGUAUAUGA